AUGAAUAAAAUAGGGAUAGCUUCUGAUAACCUGCAACUAGUAUUUGAUAUAAUAAGAAAACGAUCCUAGAAUGAAAGAUCAUCAAGUAUCCGAAAGGACCAUAUCCACAUAAAAAAGGUGUCGUAACGUUCUUACUAUGAAAUGAAGGGAAAACUUGACAUAAGAGCUAUGCCUUGCAAAUCAAAAAAUACUGUUAAGACCAACAACCUAAAAUAGCCAUGCCAAAGUAAAUAAUUAUUAUAAUCUAAGAUAAAGUUAGUAGAACUCUGAAAGGAUAGAUGAAGAUAAUUAAAACUAAAUUUUCUGUUGGAAUGCAAAAAGAUUGUAGAUAUCCACUAUAUCAUUUGGUCUAGCAUUAUUACCUCUAGUCAUCUUGA